AACGACCGCUUUUAACCACACUGCGCAUGUGCCGUGUGUUUGUACCGAGUGAAAUGGCCUUAAAAAUAACUUCCAGACUCUUUGGACUGACUCACCGGGUCGUUUCCUGCCAUACGGCCUCCUCCAGCUGCAGCGGACGGUUUAAGGUCCAACAUGACCGACAGAACCGACGCUUCACGGUCACUACGGGCAGCAGCGGUGAAGGGGACAGUGAAUGCGCCAUGCUGUACUACAGGUUCACCGGGCAGAAGGAGGUGGACCUGAUGUCCACAUUCGUUCCUGAAACAUUUCGAGGCCAAGGCAUUGCUGCUGCCCUGUCCCAGGCAGCCAUGGACUUCCUGGCCGAGGAGCAGCUGAAGGCUCGAGUUUCCUGCUGGUACAUAAAGAAAUACAUUGAUGAGCAGCCGGAGCAGCAGUUUAAAGACUUCAUCAUCUCCUGAUUAUUGGAACAGUCACUUCAUAAUCUGCACUUCAAGUGAAUCAAAUCUUCAGGACCAGUAAUGUGUUGAAGCUUAUUUAGAAAAUCUCUGCAAUUCUUUUCUAAUUUAUUCAAAUAUUUGUACAAUUUAUUCUUGUUUAUAAGAUUUUAAUUAAUUAAAAACAUAUAAUCAAAGCACAUUUUUAUUAUUAGAGGCAGAAAUGAUUUGCUGAAAACCAACAGGAAGUGCAGCUGUUGGCUGCGCUUUUCCACGUCGCAUAAAAACAAAACUAAUAAGUUCUGUUAAGAUUUUACAUAACAAACCAGCUCAAUGUAGAGCAUAAUUAAAAACUGUUUUCAACCA